GCAGCGCGGCAGGGAGGUUUUUGUAUGAACAGGAUUCGGAUUCAUGUCUUGCCAACGAAUCGGGGGAGGAUCACCCCAGUGCCCAGAUCUCAGGAGCCCCUUUCUUGUUCGUUCACUCAAUGUCCGUGCUCUCAGCCGCGUCUGGAGGGACAAGAGUUUUGCAUUAAGCAUAUUCUUGAAGACAAGAAUGCACCCUUCAAACAAUGUAGUUAUAUUUUGACGAAGAAUGGAAAAAGGUGCCCCAGUGCUGCCCCAAAGCCCAAGAAGAAAGAUGGGGUGUCCUUCUGUGCCGAACAUGCUCGAAGGAAUGCCCUAGCACUUCAUGCUCAAAUGAAGAGGAGCAACCCAGGUCCUGUGGGUGAGGCCCCCUUGUGCCAGUUGAGCUCGUAUGCUAAACCAGAGCUGGGAGCACAGACCCCAGAGAGCAGCCGGAGUGAAGCGAGCCGGAUACUGGAUGAAGACAGCUGGAGUGAUGGGGACCAGGAACCCAUUACUGUGGAUCAGACAUGGAGAGGUGACCCUGACAGUGAAGCUGAUAGCAUAGACAGUGAUCAAGAAGAUCCCCUAAAACAUGCUGGUGUCUAUACAGCUGAAGAAGUAGCUCUUAUUAUGAGAGAAAAGCUAAUUCGUUUGCAAUCUUUGUACAUUGAUCAGUUUAAACGACUACAGCACCUGCUCAAAGAGAAGAAGCGCCGUUAUUUACAUAAUCGGAAAGUGGAACGCGAAGCUUUAGGUAGUAGUCUCCUGACUGGCCCUGAGGGACUUUUGGCCAAAGAGAGAGAGAAUUUAAAGCGACUAAAAUGUCUUAGGUGAUACCGUCAACGCUAUGGAGUAGAGGCCUUACUACACAGGCAGCUGAAGGAACGCAGAAUGCUGGCCACAGAUGGGGCCGCCCAACAGGCUCAUACCACUCGUUCCAGUCAGAGGUGCUUAGCCUUUGUGGAUGAUGUUCGCUGCUCCAAUCAGUCUCUUCCGAUGACCAGACACUGCCUUACCCAUAUCCGUCAGGACAAAUGCUGCCACGGAUCUGAAGAGGUGCCCUGCAACAAAGCAGUUCCUGUAAGCCUUUCUGAGGAUCCCUGCUGCCCACUGCAUUUCCAGUUGCCUCCUCAGAUGUAUAAGCCCGAGCAGGUCCUGUCUGUGCCAGACGGCCUGGAAGCAGGCCCUGUGGAUCUGUACUUGAGUGCUGCCGAGCUUCAGCCCACUGAGAGUUCACCACUGGAGUUCAGUGAUGACUUGGACGUUGUGGGUGAUGGCAUGCCGUGCCCUCCGUCCCCGUUGCUCUUUGAUCCUUCACUGGCUCUUGAAGGUCAUUUGAUUGCCGGAGGCCCAGGACAGAUGCAGGUGGCUGGGGAUGGGUGCAGAUCCCAGGGACCUCGAAAUGUAGAGAAAGCCUGUGCGCCAUUCCCUCAGCGUGGAUUGGUUACUGCAAAUGGAAAACCAGAACCCACUUCUAUCAGUUGACAGUUCAUUCUGGGAAUUGUUUGCCUUUGGAUUGAACUUUGCUUUCUUCAGACAAGCA